UUCUAGGGUUCAGUAGCUGCAACUCUCGUAUAUAUAUUUACUUUUGUUACCCCCUUUCCCCAAUCUCCACCAACAACAACCAAAGUAUGGCUGAGAGAGGAGGAGAACGCGGUGGCUUCGGGCGAGGCUUUGGCCGUGGCGGUGGCAGGGGCGACCGCGGUCGUGGUCGUGGCCGAGGCCGUCGUGGCGGCGGCAGGGGUGGGGCGGAAGAAGAAAAGUGGGUGCCGGUGACAAAACUCGGCCGUCUCGUGAAGGAAUCCAAGAUUGGGAGCCUAGAGCAGAUCUAUCUCCACUCACUCCCAAUCAAGGAGUACCAGAUCAUCGACACUCUGGUGGGACCUUCACUCAAGGACGAGGUCAUGAAGAUCAUGCCGGUCCAGAAACAGACCAGGGCUGGUCAGAGAACCCGGUUCAAGGCUUUCGUCGUCGUCGGCGAUGGAAAUGGCCACGUCGGACUCGGUGUGAAGUGCAGCAAAGAAGUAGCCACGGCGAUUCGUGGGGCUAUCAUACUGGCGAAGCUUUCGGUGAUUCCAGUGAGGAGAGGGUACUGGGGGAACAAGAUUGGUAAACCACAUACGGUGCCGUGUAAGGUCACCGGAAAGUGUGGGUCAGUCACGGUGCGGAUGGUUCCGGCACCACGGGGUGCCGGUAUUGUUGCGGCCAGGGUGCCCAAGAAGGUGCUGCAGUUCGCUGGGAUUGAAGACGUGUUCACUUCUUCGCGUGGGUCUACCAAAACUCUUGGCAAUUUCGUCAAGGCCACUUUCGAUUGUCUUCUGAAGACUUACGGCUUCCUCACUCCGGACUUCUGGAAGGAGACUCGCUUCACAAGAUCUCCAUUCCAGGAAUACACAGAUUUGUUGGCAAAGCCCACUGCGAAGGUGGUUUACAUAGAGGAUGCGGCUGCAGCUGCAGCUGCACCUGAGGCUUGAUUUGUUCAUUGUCUAAUCAGAGCACUGAGUAUGUUUUUUUUAUGGAACUUCUAGUAUUAGAUUACUUGUUAAAAUUUUAUCCCCUUUUGAUUUCGAGGGUCGUUAUUUUGAUUUCUUUUUGGUUAUCUAGACAACUCAUGUUUUAAAUCAAAUGGUUUUUUCCUUGCUA